UGCCCGACUGUGAGCCGCUGCCUGUGGAUACCCAUCCUAAAUGCCAGAGCAGGCAAGACUCGCAGACACGCUUUACUCCGUGACGGAGAAGAGGAGAGAAUAGAGGCAGUUAAAGGAGUAAAAAUUGUGUUUUGUUUUUUUGUUUUUUUUAAUUUUCCAUUUCUCCCCCCCGCCCCUCUCUUGUUUUUGCCCCUACUCGCUCUUCCAGCUUCAACCAAAAGAAGAGCUUCCUUGGACUUGGAGUACCGAGCAUCAGUUGAAAAUAAAGCCGCUAUCCCACUCUGCCCCUGCUAUUGCGGCGCUGUUAACUGUGAGCGCGUCCCCACACUGCUUUGGAAUAUACGCGUAAAACCAUGGAGAUUAUAUGACGUGGAUUUAUUUAUUUUUUUAAUACUACUAUUAUUAUUAUUUUAAAUUUUCUAACAAAACUGGACACCUACAAUAACGAAGUCCUUCUUCUUUCAUUUCACCAUCGCAUUAUUAUUUUUUGCGUUGUUCUGUUCUGUUCUUUCAUUUGAUCUGUGGAUGCUUUUUCUUUUAAAUUGAUCAUUAUUAUUUCAUGUCCGUAGCUAUUCUUCUUUCUUUUUAAUUGAUCGAAUCAUUGAUUUGUUUUCCACACUUAUUGUUUCUGGGCUUGAUUCGGACACGCCAAAGUGGGAUGCCUCGCGGAGAACAUUUGUUGGAAGAAGAUUCCGCGCGGCUGCGAGGGUGACUGAAUGAUAGUAUCCCCUCUCAGUCUGAGACGUGCCAUGGAUGGGAAACUUAAUUUGUAUCAGCGGAACCGAUCGGGGAAUAGCCGUCGCAUCAAAUAACUGCUGCUGACAGCGAUCAGGACGAAUGUCAUAGGAUGAACACUGCUGGUGGGGUGUGUCUGUCUGUGCUGUCCUCUCUCCUGGCUGUGGCUGGGGCACUGGCUGCCGUGUCUGCCCUCGCUCUAGCUCCUCUCUCUGCCCUGGCUGAGGCUGCCUAUGGGGUUGCCAAUAGCGUCCCCAGCACCGGGGCAGAGGGGGCCCCCUCGCCUUUGUCCUCACCAUGCUCCAGCCUUGUAGCUGGGGUGCUCUAUGGCUCUUUCUCCCUAAGGGAGCUUUUUCCCUCCAGGGCACCGGGUUGUUCCUGGUCUCUGGAAAACCCGGAUCCCACCAAGUACUCCCUCUAUCUCCGCUUCACGCGCCACCCUGUCAUUUGUAGGACACACUCCCCCAUGCUCCUUUCCCUUGACCACCACCUAGCUAAUCAAAGCUGUCCCCUGCACUUACAGACGGCCACAGCCAGAGAUCAGGAAGUCAUCGAUCUUUGUGGCAGCCGCACCAGUUCAGACGGACCUUACUCCUUUCUGCAGUUCGAUAAGAACUUUGUCCAACUGUGUCUAACGAGACAUCCAGCUGCAGAUGAGCCUCAGGUAUCUAAGGAAUUGCUGGAGCUGAGACUGGUAGAGGUGUUACUCAUUAACAACGAAAACUCCAGUCAGUUUACCUGCGGUGUGCUCUGCCGAUGGUUCGAGGAGUGUUUGCGCACUGAUCACAAUGGAGACCAGGAGGUUUCUGAUGGGGAUGGUUGUGGGAUGACCCAGACAGGCUGUAUUUGUCCAAAUCACAACAUCAUGGCACCACCUGUUCCUCUGCUCCCAGAGACACCGCACACUUUCAGUAACGGGUCACUGGCUCCUGAUGACUGUUGCGUCACCGAACUGCAUUCCAAUGAUGCAAUCGCCAUAGCGCCCCGAGACGUACGACAAGACCCGUAUGAUGACGACCUGAAGGUGAAGACCCAAAGACCACGAUCAGCUGACCAGCCAGGUGUGUUUCAGGCACAAACAGGUGACCCAGCAGCGGAGGAAUGGUCGCAGUGGAGUGUGUGUUCUCUGACAUGUGGGCAGGGCUGGCAAGUGAGGACCCGAUCGUGUGUUUCUUCUCCCUAUGGGACACUGUGCAGCGGUGCCCUGCGGGAAACACGCAUGUGCAACAACACGGCCUCUUGCCCAGGUGAACCCGGAAUCACAGGCUCAGUGCAUGGGCUGUGGGAGGAAUGGUCGUCAUGGAGUCUGUGCUCUGUGACCUGUGGGCGGGGCUCCAGGACACGAACCAGGAAGUGCAUGGACGGCAGCGGGGCUGUAGCUUGUGGACGGCCUGAGGUUCAGACCAAACUCUGCAACAUAGCAGUGUGUCCUGUGGAGGGCCAGUGGUCAGACUGGGGGCCUUGGUCGAAAUGCAGCGUGACUUGUGACACAGGGACCGAGCAGAGGCAGAGGCGCUGUAGCCCAUCGGUGCACGGCUGGGCUGAAUGCAAAGGCCCCCAUCAGGAGAGCAGAGAAUGCACCAACCCUUCGUGCUCCGGUGGAGGUAACUGGGGCAGCUGGAACCACUGGAGUCUCUGCAGCAAGACGUGUGACUCUGGAUGGCAGCGGCGCAUCAGGAUGUGCGAGGGCACUGGAUUGCAAGGCUACCCCUGUGAUGGCUUAGGAGAGGAGGUCCGGUCGUGUAAUGAGAAAAAGUGCCCUGCGCCUCAUGAGAUAUGCAAAGACGAGCAUCUCCUCUCGAUGUCAUGGAAGAGAGCCUCAGCUGGAGAAACUGUCUACAACAAAUGUCCAACGAAUGCUACUGGAUCUGCUAGUCGUCGUUGUAUGCUGGACAAUAAUGGAGUUGCUUUCUGGGGUCCUCCGAGCUUCGCCAGAUGCGUCUCACUUGAAUAUAGAUAUUUACAUUUAUCUUUACGAGAGCAUCUCGCGAAGGGUCAGAGGACCCUGGCUGGGGAGGGCAUGUCUCAGAUCGUACGGAGUCUCCUGGAGCUCUUGCAGAGAAGGAGCUACUACAGUGGCGACCUUCUCUUUUCCACGGAGAUCCUGCGAAAUGUGACGGACACCUUCAAAAGAGCAACCUACAUCCCAGCUCCCGACGACGUGCAGAAAUUCUUCCAGAUUGUCAGCCACAUGUUGGACAUUGAAAAUUUAGAAAAAUGGGAGGACGCUCACCAGAUCGCUCCCGGUGCUGCUUUGCUGAUGAGGAUAUUGGAAGAUUUCAUUCACCUCAUUGGAGAGGCCCAGAAGCCUUUUCAGAGUUUUCUAGUGGUUACCAACAACCUCAUGGUAACCAUUCAGAGAGAACCAGUGUCAGCAGUUUCCAGCGAUAUCAACUUCCCCAUGAAGGGCCGGAGGGGCAUGAAGGACUGGGCCCGAACAGCGGAAGAUAAGCUCUACAUCCCGAAAGAGGUUUUCACCAUCCCACCUGAAGAGCAAGAAGCCGAAACAGAAUCUACAAUGUACUAUGUCAUUGGAGCCAUCUUGUACAGGACACUUGGCAUCAUUUUACCUCCAGCGACUCCGCCUGCAGUGAUCAACUCCAAAAUCCUGACCGUGACAAUACGACCGGAACCACAACCCAGUGAGCCCAUGGUGGUGGUGGAGCUGUCACCGCUAUUAAAUGGUACAUCAGAUCCUCAGUGCGUUGUCUGGGACUAUGGAAACCCGGAAGCUGGCGCAGAAAACUGGGGCACAGAAGGCUGCCAAACGCUCGCGUCAACCGCUGUCCAUACCAAAUGCCUGUGCAGCAGAAUAUCCACCUACGCCGUGUUAGCGCAGCAAGCUAAAGACCCGGACAUGGGUCCUACCAGCAUGCCCUCUGUGCCCCUUAUGGUGGGGUGCGGCAUCUCCUGCACCGCUCUGCUCAUCCUGCUGCUAAUAUAUGCUGCCUUCUGGAGGUAUAUCCGGUCGGAGAGAUCGAUCAUCUUGGUGAAUUUUUGCCUCUCCAUCCUGGCCUCCAAUUUAUUAAUUCUGGUCGGACAAUCACAAACGCUUAGCAAGGGCCUCUGUACUGUGACUGCUGCCUUCCUGCAUUUCUUCUUCUUGGCAUCUUUCUGCUGGGUGCUGACUGAGGCGUGGCAGUCCUACCUGGCAGUCAUUGGCAAAAUGAGGUCACGACUCAUUCGCAAGCGGUUUCUGUGCCUCGGCUGGGGUCUUCCAGCCCUUGUUGUAGCAGUGUCAGUGGGUUUCACCAGAGCGAGAGGUUACGGCACAGCCAGCUAUUGCUGGCUAUCGUUGGAAGGCGGUUUGCUUUAUGCCUUUGUUGGGCCAGCUGCUGUCAUUGUAUUGGUGAAUAUGCUUAUUGGAAUCGUGGUGUUUAACAAGCUCAUGUCUCGAGACGGCAUCUCAGACAAGUCUAAAAAGCAGCGUGCUGGUGUCCCAGCGGAGGCGCGUAGCCGACUGCUCCUGAAAUGCUCCAAGUGUGGCGUGAUCUCAAGCACCGUUAUGUCCAACUCGACUGCCAGCAGCGCCAUGGCAUCUCUGUGGAGCUCCUGUGUGGUUCUCCCGCUGCUAGCGUUAACCUGGAUGUCAGCGGUCCUGGCCAUAACUGACCGGCGCUCCACACUCUUCCAGGUUCUCUUUGCCGUCUUUGACUCUGUUCAAGGCUUUGUUAUCAUCACCGUCCACUGCGCCAUGCGCCGAGAGGUGCAGGACGCAGUGCGCUGUCGAAUGGGGGGAUGUAAAGACGACAGCGAAAACUCACCAGACUCCUGCAAGAAUGGACAGGUGCAGAUCAUGAAAUGUGCAAAUGUGAGCGCCUGUGGAAAGCAGAGCGGGUCUUUGCGUUACGGCACAUCACUGUGCUUAUCAGGUUGCCACGCACAGCCGCUCCCACCAGCGUGCCACCAGACAUCCCAGCAAGGCUGUUACCACAGUCUGACCCAUGGCAACCACAGCCACGCAUUGAGCCAUGUUAAUGAGCAUACCCCCAUCCUCAACAACAACCAUAACCACGCCCAUAAUCACAUCAGCAGCCAACCAACGGAUUUUGAGAAGGACGUUGACUUGGCUUGUCAAACAGAGAGAGGACACCCAUUCAUUUUCAAAGAGGUGAACACCUGUAACCCAGCCACUAUCACUGGGACCCUUUCCCGCAUCUCCCUGGAUGAUGAGGACGAUCCUAAGCUGGCAGCCCAUCAGGAGGGCGGAGUAGGGGUCAACUUCAGCACUCUCCCAGGGAACAUCCCCCCUCCUAACCUUAUUGUACAGGUUCCACCUCUGGGAGGCCUCAAUGAGCUGAGUGAGACCCCCCUAAAGAAGGAAGUGAAUGUGGACCAGCAGAGACAACAGGGACAGCAACGCGGCGGCGCUCCGAUCUACCUGUGCACCGAGAGUGGCCUGGGCUGGGCUCGACCUCCGGCUUCAUCCAACACCUCCCAGGACGGAAGUGCUGGAAGCGGAGGGGGUGGGGGAGACGGAGGAGAGGGGGGUGGUGGAGGAGAGGGGGACUACAUGGUCUUACCUCGCAGGACAGUCACUUUCAAACCUGCAACACCCUCCUCCCAAGGAGGAGGCCUGGGACUGGGGGGUGAGGACAAGCCUCUCAACAUUGCAGUGGAGGAUCCUCCCUUCCCGCCACCUCCCUCUCCUCUGACCCUUCACCCGGCAGAGAGUGAGGCCUAUCCGGCAGAUUUUGUGCCAUCCAGUGUGGGUGACAUGAACAUCACCAUGAACCUCAACCGCUCCUUUGGGACGAUCAAAACAUUGCCCCAUGGGCAGGGCCACUUGAUGCCUCAGGGUGGUCUUGUGCACUCCCAUGGAGGACAUAUGCAUUCCCAUGGGAAUUCUUUGCAGCUAAAGCCGGGCCAGAGACCUUCAGUCAGACAGAUUCUGACAGGGGGAACAACAGUGGAGAGAACCAGGACCCUGCCACGCAACCUGGGCAGCACCAAUGCCAACACCAGCCUCUCAGCAGGAUCCCUGGAGAGGAAAAGAGUACGGUACUCUGAACUGGACUUCGAGAAAGUGAUGCACACUCGCAAAAGACAUUCUGAGCUGUACCAUGAGCUCAACCACUCGUCCAAGUUCCACACCAUAGACAGGUAUAGCAGGGACCCAGCCAUGUCCACAUUCAAGAGGGAAAAGCGAUGGAGCAUUUCGUCUGCCGGCGGUGAAAAGAACUCAUCGAGUGACAAGUCAACCCCAGAGGACCAAAGCUCCUGGGACAGCUUCAAGACCAUGACCCCCGAGCUGUCCAUCGUGCCCGGGGAGCAGAAGGACCGGAUGGAACUGCACAAUAAAAACUGGGACUCGUCCUCGGCUAACACCCCCGACUCAUCCGAGGGAGACUUCCAGACUGAAGUGUGAAGACACGCAGACGUGUGAAGACACCCACUGAAACAGACACGCUCUCUCGUGCCGAGGUGCAGAUGCACACAGAGACACCGGACUACUGAAAAGCUAUACAUAGGUACACGAGUUCUCUGCAAGGAUCACACACACUCUCUACUACUCCCCGCCUCCCCAUCUCCUGCGAUGUGCUCUGUCGGAUCCCAUAGUGUAUGUUUACUGCUGCAGCGGACAGACAUGGAAAGAAGACUGUUCUACUCUAUAUUUUCGCAAAGACUAUUGAAAAGAAAGAACAGGGGCUUGACAUGUCUGUGACUGAUUAAAAAAAGAGAAGAUUUUUAAAUGAACUUUAAAAGAAAAAAGAAAAAAAAACUAUGAGAAACUUAUUUCCGAGAAAUUGUCUUGAUUUUAUUCUGGAGAAGAUAAAAAAAGAUAACCUCUUUCAAUUGUUUCAUGACUUUGAGGUGGGGGUGGGAGAUAUUUGUUUUAUAGCAAGGGGAAAAGAUCUCACUGAGGUUUCUCACACUUGGGUAGCCUCCCCUCCUCCUCCCUUCCAAGGCACCCUGUUCUCAAUUUGCUUUCCCCCUUGAGAAUCAAAUUGGUCAGUCUUUAUCUAUUCCUUUUUUCUUUUCUUUUUUUCUUAUUUGAACGGACAGGGAAUGUGGGGGCGGAGGGUGGGGACAGAGCCUCUCGAUGAUAUGUGCCAUCCUCUCUUCUGUUUUUCAGGUUUCAUUUCAACACUUUUAUUCACCCGUUCCUAUCGCACUCUUUGUGUUAACAUCACAUUCCUUCACUCGGUAUGUUUUUUUUAUGGUUUGGUUCCCCAAAAUAAAAAACAAAUGUCCUCCCCUACAGGAAAAAUAACACGACUGAAACAAAUAACUACCAACCGAGUUGUGUUCUAUGGUCCCAUUGAUGAAAAAAGAAUCGAUUCAUUUGGAGAAUUUGGUUGGGUUUGUGCUUGUGAUGCUUUUUCAUUCUUAUUAUAUAUCUAUUUGUUUUAUUUCCUGUAAACAGUUACACAGCACAUAAAUGUGAGCUUGCUUUCUGACAUAAUGUGCACCACGUGAGAUCCCCCGCCCCCUGCCCCCAAUAGAGGGAACAAAAAAGGAUGCGACUCAUGCAGAUUCAUGCAUCUCCUUCUUUUCCCCUCUGCUGCUUAAAGAAAAGAGUAGUACAAGACUUAAAUAUCUGACUCCAUUUCAACCAUCACCAGUCGUAGUAAAGCCAGAAAAGAAGAAUAUCUCAGGCACUUCUGCCUACAAGGAAUGCUUUUGAGAUCCUGAGAAAUGUGCUGCUUUAGAGUGAAGAAUUGAUCAGUUUCCCCCAGUCAAAAAACCUCUGUUAGCUUCAAAUGACCUGAGGAGGAUUUUGAAUCCAGUAAUGAGACAUCACACGAUCCGAGGACUUCAUCACGAGCUCUACAAACAUGCCUUUCUUUGCUUACAGCGCCGCUCCUCUGUUGCUCACUCUGCCCACUCAGUGUCGUGCUCCUAGAAGGCAUGAAGUCUAGCAGCAGAGCAGAGAUAUGUAAUUCCCCGCUCGCAGAAAGACGGGGAGGGAAUCACAGGUUAUAAGGCUACAAGGUGUCAGACUGAGGAGGAGCCGAUGGUGAUGUUUUCUGCUUGACAUUCUACCUCCGUACUUCAGCGGUUACAAAAGGACGACCAGUUUUCUGCUGCUGCUACAUUAGCACAUCAGUCCUCCACACACCAGCAGAGAGAAAGUGUCAGAGAGUGCAGGAUGAAUUCAAAUGAUAGCUCCAUAACUUUUCUGUCUAUGUUCAAAGCAGCUGCCAUUAAUCUAACAGUGUGGAUAGAAAAAAAAAUAGAGACAGCUUAUGGGUGAAGAAACGAAGAAAAAUGGUAGCCGAGGAGGAAAGUUCUAAAUAUACACAGCAAAAAAGAAAAAAAGCCAGAGGCAGGCAGAGAUGCCGAGGAAGGGGAGCGCUCAAAAACAGUAAUUAUCCGGGGAUGGCGAUUUGUCCUGACAUUUUCCAAUGCAGCCCUCAAACCAUCUGUUUAAAGAUCCCUAAUGUGGUAGUAGAGCAGCACAGCGCAGAUGGUGAGACAAGAGCGCGGCCCUCCUAACCUUUCAAGUUAAUCAGCCGAUAAGCAAACCUACAGCUCGCCCUCUCUCAGAGGAGCGAGAUAGGUUUGAUCCCAAGUUGCCGAGCUAAGGUCACAUUCACCUGACCUUCUGUGAGGAGGCUCUGCUUUUCCAGAUCUACUGCACAGUGUGUCCAACAGAACAAAGCGACUGUCUGCCAGGCCCCCAUGUGAGUCCAUGAGAAACCAAUCAUUUGUAGACCCCCCCCCUUCCCAUCAGAAACCCACAACAAUAGUCAGGUUUGAUUUUCACACAAUGUGACGUUUUGAUACAGCCCCCCUCCCCGAUUUGUUUAUUGCAGCGUGAACAGCUUCAGGCGCGGUGAUGAAUGGCUUUUAAGUUUUCUUCUCGGAGUAAAUGGUAAGUGAGACGCUGCCUGUCUGAUUGAGAUAUUCAUCUUGGGUCUUAACAUUUCGAAUCUUCAACGUUUUCCUCUUCUGCGAUGCAUAUUUAACCACGAGAAGAUGCCGGUCAGAAUGCCAUCUCAAUUUUUCUUCCUGUCAGUCUUACAAGAAUCAACCCACACAAACAAGUACAAAGCUAAGGAGAGAAAAUUUGCAACUCAACUCCAUGUUCAAGCCAACUUAACCCCCCCCACCCCCACCCCAUGUUCACCUUCGCCCUCCACCCUGAUGCUUCAGUGUUAACCCGACUGCUACAACCAUCCAACAUUCCUGGUUUAUUACUGAAAACUCAUCCCUUUCUCCAUUUUUGUUCUUUUUAUACAUAAGAUUGUACAAAGUAGUCCUCUAAUGUUUUCAUAGUGUCUUUUUUAUAUGAAAAUAAAUUUUCAAAUCGA